AAACGGGAUGUCGACGAAUGUUGCGGUUUACAUUUAGAUGGAAACGAACGUCCGAGUAAAUGGAGCGAGUGUUUUUAUUUUCGUUUUCGUUGUUGUCGCAUCGUACCGUCACGAUUUUCCAUCGUUGAAACUGGAUCUGUCGAACGUUCGAUAGAUUCGGUCUAUCGAAUUUAUCAUACCGGAUGACGGAAUCCGCUACACAGUGACGUUUCCGUCUAUGGAAAUCGUUCGAGAUAAACGUUGAUCGCGUCGUUUAUCCAAUUACUGCGAACAAGUUAAUUGUAUUUUCUUUGUGAAAUGUAUUUACGUUUCGUUUUCCGAUAAAGUACGAGACGUAUCUUAUCUUUUCGUAACCAAGUAUUAAGAAACGCAAACGUGGUCCCAUUAAUAAUAACCGCGACAGUGUGUGUGCAAGCAUUCAACGACAAGGAAGAAAAUCGGGGAAGCGUAAUUCAUCUCCGACCGUUUUUGACGCGUUGUAUCGGAGUUCUCAUGAAACUAUCAACCAAGCGUGUGCCUUUGAAAAAGAACAUUCUGAUGACCGCGCUCUAGAAUUUUAUUCACAGCUCUAGAACGAAAAGAUUUUCCGAAAAUUAUAGAAAGUUAUAAUCAGUUAUGAGAAGAAAAAAGCUUUACUGUUCAAAGAUUCUCUUAUCGAAAUAUUUUGAAAUUCGCAGGGCCUUCGAUCGAUAAAUCCAAUUCAAUCGAAAUUAAGAUUUGAAAAAUUACAGAUACUUAAAAAUAUAUGCCAAAGGAAAAUUCCACCCAUCUUGCGUUCAACGAUAAUCAAAAUUCCCGAUAGAUCAAAUCGAAAGAGAUUCUACCAAUUGUAAUGAAAUUUUUUCCGAUUGUAUCGAAAUUGAAAAUACUUGAAAACAAAAAUUGGAAAGAAAAGAUUGAGAAGUGAUUUAAAAAAAAAAAAAAAGGAGAAAACAAGAAAAAAGAUAGCUGAAUUGUUCAAUCUAGCAACCAUAGCUAAUAAAAUACACAGAUGGAAGGACAAUUUCUGGAAAUGUCGUUAACCAGAAAAAUUCUUCCAUAAACGUUAAAAAUAAUCCAUCCGUUAGGACACUUGUAUGUGACCGGACGAUGAGAAGCGUUUCACCUGUGAUCAUGAUCCUCGAGGUUGUUUCGUCGUCGAGUGGGAUACUCGUGAAUCGCGAAAGACAAACGGUAUCAAGCGAGAAUCAGGUACUUGAGGGGUCGUUUUCACCGAUAGAGAAUAAGUGGUGAAGUUAGCCUGGCUGGAUUCACCGGCUAAUUAGCGGUGUAAUUUCGAUUUUUCGCCGAGUCGACGAGAAUCGCCAGGGAAACUACGAGUCUCGUCGAGGUUCUUGCAGCUUCCGAUUCCACAAAGCACAUGCCAAAAAUACAGUUCUCCGGUGGGACAGCCCAACAAGGUCUAUCAACUUGCUGGAAAAAAUAAUGCGAGCGAAGCGCAUCAAGGAGGAGACGCGCUUCAGAUUGCUGAGGUACACGCUCCGCGCCAAGUGUCGCAAGAUCAUUUAGUCGACCCUCGUGUUAAUCUUCUCAGAAGCAGAUUUCCACUUGUUGUCGAACGAAAAUCAAUCGAUCUUGGUCGAUCAUCCGCAGUGGCUGUGAUUUGUCUUCGUGAUAACGAUUAUAUUCGAACGUCGCGAUAAAAAUAACGAAAUCGCUGCGUGUGUGCACACGUGCUGCAUGUUUCGACGUUUGUACCUAUCAAAUAAUAUACUCGUAUGUGUAGUGAUCGAGAGACCGAAAACCGAGGCUGGGGACACGGAAAAAUAUGCUCGUAAUUGUAAGCUCCGCGGCUAUCGAUCGUUCCGCGGGGAACGUCGCCCAAUAGGAGUCGUUCUUCGGUACUCGGCUUCGAGAAACACCUGGCUGUACCUGAUGCUGAAUUUUUGGUUUCGUCGAAACACCGCGAUUCGAAGAAAUUCGAUGAAAAUUUCGGUUGCAUCAAAAUAGCCAGGUUUCGUCGUCGAAUCAUAAGUACUUUGGUGCUAUUCCAACUGACGUAGAUAAAACACGCUGUCGAAUAACUGAUACGAAAGAAAAAACAAAUUUGGAAUAUCGUGAAAAGGUUAUGCCGUUUAUAAAAGAAAGUACUAAAGAAGAGCACUGAAUUUUCGACUAAAUUGCAUUCGUUAAAAAAUAUAAAGUAAAUUGCAAAGUCUAAUAGAGAGUCGAAUAAAAGAGACGAUCGAUGUUACGAAAGAUAGAAUAACGAAUAGCUCUGAGUUUUGAGCUGAAUGGAAUUUAGACUGAAUUAGAUCCGUCAAAGAAUAUAGUAAAAUAUGAUUCUUAUUAGAGGAUUACUGUUACAAAAGAAAAUUUUAUAUAAAAUUGUUUGAAAAUCGUAAAGGUCGAACGGGAUUGAAAAAUCCGUAGUGAAUUGACUAUUUUAAUUUGAACAAAAGAUCCGAGUAAUUUAUAUCUGCAAAUAAAAAUUCGAAGACUUUAUACUAUGGUAGCCGGAAAGGAAGUUUGCAGACGAAACUACAAAGAGAAUCGUUAAAUUCGUUAAGUCCUCCAAGUUCGAAACAAAAGAAGAAAAUUUCCCGAAUAGUUAGUUAGUGUACCUCGUAUAAAAGGACGAACGUUAAAGCUUCAAACCGUGAAGAAGAAAAUCCUGAAACUGUUGAAAGAUUCUCGUAUAAAAGGUAACAGUAAAAUUUCUUGAUCUGUUGAAAUGUCUGUAUAGAAUGAGAUCGAAAUACAGAAAGAGGAAAAUCAAAGAACGUCGAUAAUAGCAAAGAACAUGAUUUUCCAUAGCUCGAAUAUUCGAUUUUAAAAUAAAAACGAAAAGAAAAUGGUAAUACAGAAUCAGAUGUGAAAAUAUACUCAAGAAUUUUUCAAUUUAUUGCAAGAUUUUUGGAUCUGGAAAAUUAUGAGGUUAAAAUCACGCAACGGAAAAAUGUUAUCGAAAGUUUUCGACAAGUUUGGAAAACAUGUCACGCGAGAAAUAAUAAUUUGAAGAAGGCUAGAUUCGUUAAAAAGAAGCAGAUACUUGGAAUUUCUCCACAGAAAGAGGCAGACGUUUAGAAGACAGAAUUGAAGGAAGAUGAGAAAUUCUUCGUAGCAGAGCCGUAGGAAACCGCGAAAUCACUAGAAAGAUCUUCAGAAAAAGCACCAACGUCUGAUUGAUUCAUCGUCACUGUUGCCAAAAUACAUCGUGUUGGCAAUGAAAUAAUAUCCGGAAGUACGGUGGAUCCAUGAUUCUCCGUCGCAGCAAGAAAGGCGUUCGAAACUCUCGUGAGAUGUAAGGAGAAAAACGACAGGGUAGAAAAUCUUGGAGUCGAUUUUCUAACCCCUCCCCACUCGCCACGCGUUUUCCUUUAACGAAAAGUAUUUCGGUACGGAUAUUUACAAACUUAUAAUAAAGUAGAUGGACUUGAGGAAAGUUUUUAAGAAGCAAUACAGAGGACGCGAGACUUUUUUAAUUCGAGGAAAUAGUUUCUGCAACUUGAAAGGGCUUAGAGGAUGAGUCGGGGCACUUGAAUCGCAAGUAAUUAUUCCUGUUAAUGAUGAACGUGAAAGUUACGGAGACAUCGGGAAAAUUGCUGGUGAAAAUGAAUUUGAAUAAAGAUUCGGAAAAAUAUUCAAAAAUUACAGACUAGUAACGAAGCGUAGAAAAAGAAAUUAACGGUUGAUCCCAGUAGUUUAGGAAUUUUGCGCGAUUGCGUCAAUUAAAAAUUAUGCGAAGAAUUAUGAACACACAUACGUGUGACAUACGUAAGUAAAGGGCGAGGUACAUUACCUUUAACCAAAAUUUCAUAAAUAUAAAACCUGUUUCGUUAUCAAAAUUCUACUAAAAUCACUCGGAUCUUCUUUAUCGUAAACAAACUUUAAUACAUCGACAACAAUAUAAAGGGAUCAUAGAAUUGAUGCUGAAAGGUUGCGAAACCAACAAGAGCAUUACGAAAAAUCGUACAAGUAUCGCACAAUUGCUCUUUAUCGUGAAUCAACUUUAGUAGGCCGAAAAACCCAAAAGAGAAGGAAAAGUAGAAGGAAAUCGGCUGGAAUAAAGGGUGAAGAAGCUGGUAGUGAAAGGUGGGAGUGGAAAUGGGCGAAACACGAGAGUGGAACGAGCAGCGUCAGCGUGCCGAUACGAUUUUCUCGAUGCAGUAGAAUCGGGACACGUCGGUGACGGUGAACCGAAAUUUCCUGAGUGAACGCGAGACGGAGGACCGCCAUCCUCGACGAACGGGCAACCGUCUCUCUGCCGACUAAAAGAUAGAAAAGGAAGGAAGAGAAAGUUGAAACGACGCGACGGCGGAUACGUUUAAUGAAAUCGAAGUAAAAUCGUGUUAAAAUCGUUGAAGGCGUGGAAAGAGUCGAUGUGGAAAAGAGGCUCGGACUGAAAUUAGCAAACAAAGGUGUAUGAUAAACACUCAGGACCGGAACAGCCGCUGAGAUAAUUGAAGUCGCCCUGGAAGAAAAAUGUCUAUUAGAGGGUGGUCACGAACAGAACUUGAAUCGAUCAAACUUUCUACCCCUUUUUUGUCUCGAAAAUUUCUCUAGAAAAUUUAUUUCGUAUAAUCGCAGACACUUUUAACACGUUAGGCUACAGGGUUAAGUCGCGGAUGAUAAUUCGUUCGUGCUAGAAACUUGACGUUUCGACUCGGCAGUUCUUUCGGAAGUUUCCGGUACUCGUGUUAAUCUCGAAUACAAAUGGUUGUUGUGCGUUUAGUGAUAAAACGAAUAAAGUUCUACAGGGUGAUUCUAAAUAAAAUAAAACAAACAGAUAGAUAUCGUAUAGACAAUUUCAAGCUGUAAAAAAUAUUGUAAGAAACACUGUACUAAAACCCUGUCGUUAGUGACAGCGGAAUAAAAGUGUGUGAUAAAAGAAUAACAAAUAUCGAUGGUUGUGCAUUAAUCCGUUGAACGUACGACUCUUUGAAAUAAAAUAAAAUAAAAGAAAGAUAGGUAUCGAAUAAAGGCAUUUAGGAAGGAAUAUUAAAUAGUAAAUAUCGAGUCUUAAAAAAUCGUACAUUUCGCAUAUUAGAUCGAUAGAUAGUUGAACUUGACUUUCGGUGGUGAAUUCUUUUCUCGAUCAAAGGUAAGAGGAUAACGCAAACCGUCGAAGCGUGUCGGUGCUUGGAAUGCUGUGAUUUAAAGGCAGUUGAAUGGUUUCUGUGUUUAAAUAAGAACGUUUAUACGGCACGGAGAGGAGCGUGGCUUGGUCGGGGGACUGUUCAGAGACGGUGAAGGGGUUCUAUUAACGGAAUUGCCCGAGUACAAGAAGUAAUUAGAUCGACCGAUUGGAGCUAACCCUGCAGGCGACGACAGGAUGAUCCGUUUAGCAAACUGCGAGUAGAAUAAAGGGAAUGCAGGCGAAAUUAGCUGGCUGACGAAUGGAAAGAGACGAAACAAUACGGGAAAUCAGUCGCUGAAGAAGAGCAAGAACGAACGAAGGAGAAGUAAGAAGAGUCGAAAGACGGCGUUUGUCGAAUUGGCUGUGAAUGGUAGAUCUCGAAGACGCUGAUAGAUUUCACUGUUCUUUCUUGGGCCGAGUUGCCGGGGAAAGAGAUUGGAAGAGAAAACGUUGGUGGAAAGCAACUUUGACGAUAGUUUCGUAAUCGAAGUAGGAAAGUGAGAAUAUAAAUAUAUGGUAUUAUUGAUAUUGGUGGAGAGAAAUGACGAGGCAAAGCAUGUAAUGAUAUUAGAGGAAUUUAUUAAUCAACUGUCGAAGAAGAGAGAUAAUUUCUACUUUUGACAAUUAUACUUUCCUAACACGGUCAUGCGUGUGCGAUUAAUCAAGUGUUGAUUAUCGAGUGAAUGCCAAGUGAAAUAAUUACAUAUCGGACAAGCGAAGGAAUCCGUGGAACUGGAAAGAAAGGAUGUAAAAAAAGGGAAAGAUGAAUUCUUGUCCAUCUUCGACCAGCUGAUUAAAAUCCAUUAUAUCCAGUUCAGAAAAUAAGAAAUUCCUCAAAACGUUUAGGUUGUUCGAACGUGUCUGACAGAAAUAAAGAAUUCACCGAUUAAAAUCGAAAUACUAUAAACGAAGAAACGAAGCGUGGUAUAUUUUUCAAAAAAGUUCAAAGAAUCCGUCUUCAAGUUCGUAACAUCCAAAAAAGAAUGCCGGAUUAAGACUAAGCGUUGGUGAAACCGAAAAAGGAGAAGCAUUAUUACAAAUUUUCCGUACGUUUAAACAAUUGAGAGAAUUGAAAAAAGAGACGUAACUGAAUUUGCCGCUCUGUCGUUUCAGCUUGCAAUAACGCUUCGCGACACGCAAAAGCCUCGUAAACGUUGGUGAAAUCGAACAGAAAAAAGCAAAAGUUAAAAGAGGCGAAGGAAGCGAAAGGGAACGCGAAGACCGAUAUCGGUUGAAAACGACCGAUGAUCAACCGUUGAUCGAUCGAUCGUUAAUCGGUUCGCGUCGUUAUGGAGGUGCAAGCGAUCGCGCGACGUUUUUCCAGUAGAGUCGAUCGAGGGUCUGGAUUCGGGGGUUUGUUCAGCCGAAAGUGGUGCUCGGUAGUUGGAGACGCGGCGCGACAGCUUGCUAACUAAAAUGCGAGAGCUGAACGCGACCGCAUGUGCUGCCCUGUACGAGCGCGUCGAGUGGUCCGGCCCGUGGAUUCUGGUUACUCUGAUCGUGCUCGCGAUCGUCAACGUGAUGGUGGUCCUGGGUAACGUGCUAGUGAUACUGGCUGUUUAUCAUACCAGCAAACUGCGAAACGUCACGAAUAUGUUCAUCGUGAGCCUCGCGGUGGCGGAUCUCAUGGUCGGUUUGGCUGUGCUUCCGUUCAGCGCCACAUGGGAAGUUUUUAAGGUGUGGAUAUUCGGUGAUCUAUGGUGCUCGAUCUGGCUAGCGGUGGACGUAUGGAUGUGCACGGCAUCGAUAUUGAAUUUGUGCGCCAUCAGCCUGGAUAGAUACUUAGCAGUGACCAGGCCAGUGAGUUAUCCUCAGAUCAUGUCACCGAGAAGGGCAAGGCUGCUAGUGGCAACCGUGUGGAUCUUGAGCUUCGUUAUCUGUUUCCCACCCCUGGUUGGCUGGAAAGACAAACGGUCUCACCCCACGUACAACGCGACGUUCGCUCAGAACGGACCGUUCAACACCACCACUAUACUCAUCCCCGUGAAACCGUGUCCCUGGAUCUGUGAACUGACAAACGACGCAGGCUACGUCGUUUACAGAUUCGACGAGCAAAGGUUGACCUUGAGGAUUCACCGUGGUCGAGGUAGUGUCCACAACGGGAGCAACAACGGGAGCCCGAGGAGUCCAGAGUCGAAUAGCCGUAGCUCGGUGAAAAGGGAAAAGAUAAAGAUCUCGGUGUCGUAUCCGAGCACGGAGACGUUGAAUACAAAGUGUAACACCCUCGAGAGGACGCCCUCGAGGUGUUCUCAGACCUCCGUGCACUAUAGUAACGGGCAAACGCACAGUCAACUGUGUCCCUCCCCCAGGAACACGCAUCUCAAGGUGAGCGGUAUCAACAGGGUUGGCAGCGCCAGGAGACCCAGCAGGCGGAGUAGCUGCGAGAGUCAAACGGGGGAUGAGAUGUCGUUGCGAGAGCUCAGCCAGGGUCCCGAGGAGAAGCCCAGGGCGAUGAAGAUGGGGAAGAGGAAUAUCAAAGCUCAGGUGAAAAGAUUCCGAAUGGAAACGAAGGCAGCCAAGACACUGGGCAUCAUCGUCGGCGGAUUCAUCCUCUGUUGGCUUCCCUUCUUCACGAUGUAUCUGGUGCGCGCCUUCUGUCCCAAUUGUAUUCAUCCCACGGUGUUUAGCGUGUUAUUUUGGCUGGGCUACUGCAAUUCCGCGAUAAAUCCGUGUAUCUACGCGCUUUUUAGCAAAGACUUCCGGUUCGCGUUCAAGAGAAUUAUUUGCAAAUGCUUCUGCAAGCGGCGGGCGAAUACUUUGAGACGUGGCAGCGAUGGCAGCCAAUUAGCCACGAGAAACGACCGGAGUCCCAGUUACUCGAUGCAGGUGCCUCAACAAGGUGUAUCCAUCGACGAUUCGGACCAAGAUCCCAGCUCGGAACCGACGGUGCACUCGCACAGCGAAUCAAGAUGACUGUAGCGUGCCAGGUGUGGCGCUCAGCGCGUCACCUUCGACCCGACGACCUCGAAAGUAAGGAUCCAGUCGUUCUAAAUUCGAAAGAAUCUCAACGAUCCUCGACGAUCAUCCGAAUCAUCCGCACAACGAUCCGUGCCGCGGAAUCGAGCACGUUCGAUCGUUUACCCAGAAACCAGUGUGUUCGCGAGUAAUAUAUAUACUAGUAGUCGCGACAAACGGUCGAGCUUCUUCGGUGUCUUACUUCGUUCCGUCAGCGAAUGAAAUACGAAGAGACGUUUCUUAGGAGAUAAAAAUUCGCUCAAGCUAGUCGUAAAUCGAGACUGAAAACGAUAAAAUUAACAAAGAAAGAACAAAUGGAUCGACGAAGGAUUCGGUGCCUAGAGAUGGCAAACUGUUCAUUGUAUUCGUUGGAAUAGUUAAAUAGGAAUUAUGGCGAAAGUUGGAGCGCGAAGAAGAGGAAGAACGACGAGCGCGAGGGAAGCAACGACGGAGAAUCCAGUGUACCAUAAACGGAUAUUAAAAACGCAAGUUUCGUUAUCUUUCAAAGUCAACAGCGUCUGUUGGCUAUCGAAGCUGCCUUUGACUAUCGAGGCUCUCGGCUAACCGUCGCGUCAUCGUUGUCACCGUAUUAUUUCCGUAGAUUUUUCACCGUUUCUCGUUGGUUAUACGCAAUGAUGGCGUUUAACGAUCGCCUUCGCUGAAUACGCGACAUUCUGUGCGUUGUACAGCUUCCUUCAAACAUUAUCGAUCGUUAACUAGAUCAUUUUUCAGUCUGUGAAACAAGAUGGUGAACGGAUUUGAAAGAAUUUUGUUUGGACAUCCUGUAGCGAGCGUAAUCGAGAUACGCACGUAUGCGCUGUAAAACAUAAAGUAUGUAAGUGUAAGUGUUGUUUCAAAAGAACGAAGGUAACUCGCUUUGGAAUAUUUUGUAUGGACAGUUUCGAUUCUUUCUCGAACGUAUUACGAUUGUUCGAGAGGGGACAGAGGAACGUACGAAAUCGGCGAGAUUCGUCGCAUUAUGUGAUAUACGUCUACGAUACGUAAAGAAACGAACCGCACGAAAGAAUAAAUAUGCGAAUGAAAUCCACGAUAGU